AUGGAUAAUAAUAUAAUUAAUACAAUUACAUCAUCAGCAACAAUUAAAUAUGAUAGAAUUGAAUAUUGGAAAAAUGAAAUGAAUUUGGAUUCAUCAUUUAAACCAUUAAAAAGUGAUCAAACCAAAAAUCCAAAUAAAAGUUAUGAUGGUGAUGAAAAAAGAGUGUUUUUAACUGGUUCAACUGGAUUCCUUGGUGCAUACUUACUUUAUUAUUUAUUAAAAUUACCAAAUUGUACAAUUGUAUAUUGUUUAUUAAGAAAUAAAAAGAAGUUGGGUAACCCAGUUGAUGAUAUUUUAAAUAAUUUAAAACAACAUAAAUUGUAUGAUCAACUCACACCAAAUCAAUUGUUAAAGAUUGAAGUUGUCGGUGGGGAUUUAAGAAAACCAAAAUUUGGGAUUUCAAUAUUCGACUAUGCAGAUUUGGCCAAUGAUGUAAAUUUAAUUAUAAGCUCUGCCGCCAAUAUUAAUUUGGAAUCAAAUUAUGAAAAAAUGAAAACCAUAAAUGUCAAUGGUAUUAGAGAAAUGAUUAAACUCUCAAUUAGUGUUCAACCACCAAUUAAAAUGGUAUUUAUUUCUUCAUUUUCAGUAUUCAAUAAUCAUACGCUAAAACAAGGUGAAGAAUUUAAUGAACAAGUUCAAUUACCAUUAAUUGAUAAUCUUGAAAAGGAAUCAUGUGGUUAUAUUCAAAGUAAAAUCGUAUCAGAGUAUCUAUUGAUGAAUGCCUCCAAUAAGUUUAAUAUACCUGCCAUGAUUAUUAGAUCACCAGUCUUAUUCGUUAAUCCAUACACAAGUAUUGGUGCUCAUGAUUUAUUUCAAACAUUGUUUUUGUCAAGUCAUGAAAUUGGUUUCUAUCCAACACUUGAUAUUAAUGUAUUGGUUUCUCCAAUUACUUGGGCUUCUAAAAAUAUUAUGAAUGUAAUUCUAAAUGAAAAAUGUUGGAAUUCCUCAAAUUCACAAUUAUCAAAAUUAACUUCAAUUUAUAAUAUUAAUGGUGAAAUGCAAAGAUUUGAUUCUCUAUUCGAAUCAACAUUAAAAAAACAGUUUGGUUGUAAAGAAAUGCCAUUUUAUGAAUGGUGUAGUAAAGUUAAUAAUAACUCAAAUCUUUUAUCAUGUAAAAGAUAUUGCCAAUUAAAAACUAAUGAUUUUUUAAUGUUAUUUAAAAUUGAUAAAGGUUUAGGUGUUUCUAAAAAUACAAAAUCAUUAUUAGAAUCAUUGGGUUCAUAUGGUAGUGCCAAUUAUAAUGAUUUAAAUUCAUGGGGUGUUAAUGAUGAAAUGAUUAUUGGUUCAAUUUCUUAUAAUAAUAAAAAAACUUCUCCAAAACUUUAA